AGGAGGAGCAGAAGAGCAAAAGCUAGCCAGUUUACUAGGAGAUUUAGACAAAUCACCUUUCAGCAUGUGCUUCCUGCAAGAAUGGGUAAAAAGGAAAGAGGAAGAAAUCAAACUUUUUACUCAGUUUUUGACCAUUUUAAAGAAAGUGCAAGGAAUAAAACUUUCCUUUAGUACUGGUAAACUUGAAUCAGCACUUGGUGGCAUUCAUCAUGAUCACAUUCUCAGCUUUGAAUUCAAAGUUCUGAAAAAAGAUGAUCCUUUCCUUCAGAGCAUGCUUUUGUUUUUACGCAACAGGGAAACCAGUCAAAGUCUACACACUUCUUCCUCUGUGCCAUGGUUCAAAACAAAGCCUAUAAUUCAAGACUUUGUCAAAAAAUUAAGCAGUUUGCUGCUUUUUGUGAGGCAAAUGUUGGGAGUAAGGAAGUAUCGUUCAUAGCCACAGACAGCAGUGGAGAUAAUGCUACUGGUAAAGGAGCAGUUAUAUAGUGCACUAUGAGUAUGGCAUGCCAGAAGGUGAGUUUGAUCCUCCUGGUAGACCAGGAAAACCAACAGCCAUUAGUGUGGAGCAUGAUAGCAUAAAGCUGGAGUGGAAAGCACCUCAAUAUGGAUCAUCAACCAUAGACUCCUACAUAGUCAGUCUGCAAUGCAUCAGUGAAUCCCCAGAGAAGUGGCUUAAUCAGGAGACAAAAGGAAAUGAAACAACCAUUACACUAAACCAGUUACAGCCAGAUACAAAGUAUAUAGUCAAGGUACGUGCUGACUGUAGUUUGGGUCACAGUGAAGAGAGUGACAUUAGUGACAUUAUACAAACUAAACCACCGAUGAUUGAUAUAAAGCUCCAGAACAUCAUUGCUGACUCAAAAGUCAUUGAACAUGGCCCCCCAGUAGUGUAUCAAAUCAAAGCUAGGCCAGUACGUCUUACAGAAAGGUACAGCAAUAUUUUCAAAAUGGAGUAUGGUACUCCUGUUGUUCCUCCUAAACCAACAAGAGUACUAAUGGUUGUUGGAGCUACUGGAGCUGGGAAGAGCACAUUAAUCAAUGCAAUGGUCAACUACUUCUUAGGAGUGAAGUGGGAACACAAAUUUCGUUUGAAGCUAAUUUAUGAUGAGGUACUCCAUGGGCAGACACAUAGUCAAACACAAGUGAUCACCGCAUACACCUUUUACUG